GGCUCCGCCCAGUGAACAGAAAUCAGUAAGUACGUAUGAGCAUCCGGCGGGUCUACGUAUCCUACCUUAAAUCUUGAACUUUUUGUCUGAUACUUAUCCCUAACUUUUUGUCUGAGGUCCGUCCCAUAUUUUUUCCGAUUUCAUCCAAUAAGCCCUAUAUUGUCAAAGUACUGCGAUUUUUUCGGGAUGAAUUUCGAUUCAUUCAUACAGCCUUAGAUGUAAUAAACUCCAAUUGUUCUACCCAAAAUUAUAGUACUAGUUGAGGAUCAGUCUGUGUCAGCGAGGACGAUACGUGGAGUAAGAGUAAGCGAAAGUUUAGUCUCAAAUCUGUGGAAGAUCAAAACUUCAUUUUUUUCGUCGAGGAGCACUCCCAAAAAUGAACAAAUUGAUACCAGCACAAAGAUCGCUCGCAUCUUCGACGAUGUUGAGGCUUUUUAGCUUGUUGGUCGUGGGUACACUUGCAGUUUCCGUCGUUGACCUUCAAACUCAAAGAGACGCAACUUCUACUGGCCCACCAUCAAAGAGAGACGUAGUCGAACCAGUCCUAGAACGCAUGUGGACUCAGACGACAGCACUGCCUGACGACCUAGGUCUUACUCCAAAAAGCGAUACAACUUCCACUGAAAAGGAUUGUUAUAUUCGAGCAAAGGGUAGCGGAAGCACGCGCCAGAAGGAGAGUUCUUCGACGGCUUCUCGUACCUCGUGGUCCAGCAAUGAAAAUUCUGCCGUCACGCGCCAGAAGGAGAGUUCUUCGACGGUUUCUAGUACCUCGUCCAGCACUGAAAAAAAUGCUGCAGAAGUAGAAGCAGAAGCGGGAGGGACGACAGAAGACGAUAUUGAGAGACCCCUAGAAGGUGCCCACGGAGGAAGGACGACGAAGGACAGUAUUAAGAGACCUGCCCUAGGAGGUCGUCCACCGUUUUUGAGUAAAUGGGCGCUUGAGCAGCAUAACGCUGACAUGAAACAAAAACAAAAGUCUAUAACAACUGCACGAGAACAAGCCUUAGUACAGCUACCUGCAUGUUCUGGUGACCACUCUGUUGAUCCUCCCAAUAUUAAACUGUCAUCUUCACGGUCAUCAAUAUCAAAUGGGGACGAUUUUGUACCUUUUGCGCCUUUCCCAUGCUGGCAGGAAGGGCUUGGAAGUUCCUCAGGAGCCAGCACCACAAGGACCCGCCACCUGGAAAAUUAUAUUGGCGCUGCAACUGCCGACGACCACGACGGAUGUCAUCCUCCUAGUUGUGAAAAACUUAAGGCGAAAGCGUUACGGAUCUUUGAUCGCCUCGGACGAACGCGGGUUGGACAGUGGGCUUUGGGCUUACUGCGCACUAGCAGAUGCACAGGCAAGCUCGCGAAAAUAGUCAUCGACGCGUGCUUUGUUGCCUAUUCAGUGGAUAUGGAGGACGCUCUCACAGAUCAGGAGGCUAGAGCGAUCUGCUUUUUUGGAGCACGUAGUUUGUGGAUGUGAGAAAGUUAUUUGUGGACUUAGGGUUUAUUCAUUUUACUAAGGGAGUAGGGCUUACAGUUACUCUACUAGUUUAUUCAUGUGUCAUUAAAGGAGUAGGGCUCACAGUUACUCUACUACUCAGUACCCUACUUCGGGCUUAGUAGGGCUUAGGCCUUAGGGUACCGAGCUUAGGGUAGGGCUUGGGCUUAGGGUACUGAGAAUUACUCCUCUUAGUUCAAAUCGAGAGUUAGGGUUUCCCUUUUGCUUGUGUCUUUCCUAGUAGGUUAGGCUCUAAGUAAAAAGUCUAAGCCUAAAAAGUCUAGCCACAGUAUCUAUUAUAGCGAGGUUCCGUCACGACCUAGCUCCAUGCCCAGUCUCUUCCCUUGUUAUCUUAGAAGGGUUCGUUGGAAUGGAACAGUGUCGUGGAAUUCUACUUCAGUAUUGUACUAGUGAGUCGCUUGAUUAUUAGUAGAACUAAGAAGUUUCUGCUUUGGUGAUUUGCAGUCCUAUUGGACGGCGAGUCGAGUCCUAUCCUAAUAUCUUGUUCUUAUUAAUAUAUCAUAAGACCUUGUUGAAUUUGGAUAAUAGAAUGAGCACAACCUACAUGGACAAUAUUACUUCAUAGAUAGAUGAUCGACAAGCGAUGAAGCAUAUUUAUAUAUUCAAGUAGAUUGAUACUCAAAUUCAUAAGAAGUGUAGCACGACCAUCACAUGACUAUUUCUCUGAAGAACUUUUUUGUGCGCGAAAUAAACUAAAUCUUCACUCUAGUACCAGUGUCAUCAUAUAACGCAGUACAUGGUUGCAGGUGGAACAUUUUCAUGAUCAUGGGGCAUUGUCAUGGUGGCACGAAGUAGUCGCAGACCACGUUGACGAAUAUUAAGUAAGCAGACGAGAGGUAACCGUCAUAAAUGCCGUUUUUUUUAUAGAAGUCGUCAUGUUGAUAGAGUCGUAUCAAAUAGAAAGAUAAAGCCCAACAAGUAUAUUGCAAAGAUAAUGAUAAAUUUUUAUCUCAUUCAUUAAUACGCAUGUCAUCAUGAUCAUCGUAAGUAGAAGCAGGAUUGCCUUGUGGCCUCACGACAGAUGUUGAGACUACUAUUCUUGAGGCAAUUUCAACAAAAAACCAGUGUGGGAUCUUCAUACGGAAGGUGUUGCUGUAUCCAUAAUGUAAAUGUUUCUUGAUAUCAUGGAUGAUCGAAGGACAUAGGACAUUACAAAUCGCUGUAAAGCACACAGUGC